CAGUUCAUGAACCCUGUAUGUGCAUUGAUAAAUAGAGACAGAGAGAGUCCAACCACAUCAUAACAUCCAUCUUUACCCUGAACGAGAGAACCUCAGCUAAACCAUGAGGGUGCUUAACCUGGGUCCGGAUCCGUCCCUGGCAUAUCGCCCUGAUUAUCUUCAGAAAGAUAAAGAGGAGUUCAGGAACUUUGAGAAUGGAGAUCUCUAUGAUCGUGUGUUUAACACGUACAAGCUGAUGCACACGUACCAAACGCUGGACUUUGUCAAAAAGAAGCACCUGGAGUGGGCAAACUGUAAUCGUUUCAGAAUGACAAUGAUGGACAGCAUCAAUUCCCUGGAUGAGCUUGUUGAUGAAUCCGACCCGGACGUCGACUUCCCAAACUCUUUCCAUGCAUUCCAGACCGCCGAGGGGAUCCGCAGAGAGCAUCCAGAUAAAGAUUGGUUCCAGCUAGUCGGUUUGAUCCAUGAUGUUGGAAAAAUCAUGGCUCUGUACGGAGAGCCACAGUGGGCAGUAGUUGGAGACACGUUCCCAGUUGGAUGCAAGUUUCAAAAUUCAAUAGUGUUUAGAAACUCAACUUUUGAAGAUAAUCCAGAUGAGAGAAACCACGCGCUCAACACAGAUUUCGGGAUUUAUAAACCACAAUGCGGUUUGGAUAAUGUCCUGAUGUCUUGGGGACAUGAUGAAUAUUUGUACAGAGUAAUGAAGUUCAACAAAUGCACCAUACCUGAGGAGGGGUUAUCCAUGAUCCGUUUCCACUCCUUUUACCCGUGGCAUUGUAAUGGAGACUACAUGCACCUGUGCAACGAUAAAGAUCUGCAAAUGCUGCCCUGGGUGAAAGAGUUUAACAAGUUUGAUUUGUACACGAAGAGCACGGAGUUGCCGGAUGUGGAAAGACUAAAACCGUAUUAUCAGUCACUCAUUGAUAAAUAUUGUCCUGGGUCACUGCAAUGGUGAACAUUUGUAAUGUAUCAUUUAACCUUUAAAUAAUAUCCCUGUAAUACACAGACAUUUGUAAUAACCUGCACUUACAGUAUAUUUUCUGUUAUAUAUUCUAAUAAAAUAUCUACAGGAUCUUGUAGGUGAGCUAGUAAAUAUACAUUCAAAACAUUGUGGUUUAAUUUUGCAUAAACACCACCUCACCAAUAAAGUUUAAAUGGGAUUAUUUCUCAUACAAACGCAUAAUGUUAUAUUACAGCUUCAAA